UCCCUCCACACUGAUGGCGCUGUAAUUGACGCGGCUGAUUGUCAGGAACAGACGCAGGUGUAAGUGAGUUUGUGGUUUGAGGUUAUUAGACUCGGACAGUCGGCUGGUCGCGCGCUCAUACACACACGUGAGUGAGAACACAGGCGAUGUCUUGUCGACUACAGUCAAGAAUUACAGCGAUACUUCUUUUAGCAGCGACCCUACCACUCUUUUUAACAACCUAUGGCUCGGUUUUCGACCCAAACCAGAGCUUACCGGUAAGAAGGAAUUUACCAAACGGAAGCAAAGCCAGAGGAGAGGACGUGAUUAACUUGGAAAGAUCUGAGCAGAGAUUAAACACAGCAACAAAGAACUCAAAAGGCUCCUUUCUUCCAUCCAGCAACAUCUACAUGUUGCCUCCAUUCCAGACUGAUGCAGAACAGCUCUUUCAGUCUGACUCUCAAGGAUUUCCUGAUCAAUCCAUCCAAGGAAAUGUUCAUUUUUCUUCCAGUCAUAUUACUCCAGAAUGGUUACAGAUGAGACCCCUGGUGCAGUGUUCCUCAGCUGCUAUAAUCUUUACAGCCAAAGGGUUGAACUACGUCCAUCUUCUCGUGAACCGAGAGGGUGCUUCUCCUGUGUCAAUACUUCACCUGCCCUCUAACUGUGGGUACAAUGUGAAGGCGACAUGGAGAGAAUUAGUUCUUGUAGUGCCAUAUAAUGGUUGCUAUGUCUUACAGCAGAAUGGAAGUUAUGUUUUACCGCUGCUGUGGUGGGGAAUGUCUUUGAAUAUUUCCUGCCCCAUGCCUCCUGCUUCUGCUCCUGCCAUGCCAUCUGGUUUCUGCUCAUACUUAGGGAUAACCCUAGGGACAGAGGGGUCUUGGAGAGAUAUAGAGAAGUAUAGGAUCAAAGUAAAUGAGGAGUGGGUCCCACUUAUAUCCAACACAUGUGCGUGUCGUAUGGACUCGGCACCUGAAGACCUGAUUCUCUUUAUUCCUUUCACUGUGAAGUGUGUUAAGGAUGGAGGCACAACUCUUAAGCUUCUCUUGGAUGGGAAAAUGUACACGGUCUCUUGUCAGCCUCAUCACUAUAUUCCCCAUUACCCUCAGUAUAAUCCCUCUGCACCAUUCCCUCACCCACUUCAUCCACUGAAGACUCAGUAUAUUCCUCUUAACCCUUCUGUCACUAAACCACACCUGCCUGAAAUGAACACUAAUGUACAGCCCAUGGCACAUCGCAUAAUGCUUCCUGCUGAGCAAGCAUCCCCAGUUGAUGGCACAGGAGUAAAUGCUCAGGCUUCUCUGCACACAUCAUUGUCAUAUGAUAUUUCACACGUGCCUGUUACACAUUCUUCGGAAAUGCCCACAACAGGGGGUGCAGAAAAAACGCUCCCACCUUUUGAGCAUUUGCAGGUAAGCAUGCCUUUGGUUUACCCACCUUAUCAACAUUUUCCUCAUGCUAUAUACCCUUACUACAAUAAUGUAGUAUCGGUGCCUCAGAUGCCCCAGAUGCUUCAACAUCCUCAGGUCCACCAGGUGCCUCAACCUCCUCAAGUAUCCCAUAUGCCUCAAGCUCCCCAGGUGCCUCAAGCUCCCCAGGUGCCCCAAGCGCCCCAGGUGCCUCAGGUGCCUCAAGCACCCCAGGUGCCCCAAAAUCCUCAGGUGCCCCAGGUGCCUCAACAUCCUCAGGUGCCCCAGAAUCCUCAACAGCAUAUGUUUCCAGUGCUAACAAAUGAUUCCUCCCAGUUGUCUCCUGUGCUUACCUGCAAAAAGGAUCUUUUGAGAGCAUCUCUGCACUCUGCAAAAAUGAAAUCUGUUAAAAUAAAAGAUAUGAAGAGGAAAGUUUGGGUUCCUGUUUCUUCUGCUCCGGUGCACUGUGGGUACUCACUGCAACGUAAAGGCAGGGGUGUGGUUUUCUCCUCCCCUCUUCCUGCUUGUCAUUCAUAUACUGUGCGUCCCUCAUUACUCUCCCUUUCGCUGAAGUUCUGGGAUCCUGUGAUACAGAGACACCAUGCUGUACAACUCCAGUGUCCUUACAUUUCACCCUCUCCUACUAUAAGUGCUUCCUCCCCAACAACAACCAGUCUCAUGCUCAAGCCUGUUUUCACACGUCCUCAACCAGCCAGUCAUGAGAUCCAGCUUUCCCAUCCUGAAAAACCCUUAGGCUCAUAUUCCAACCCAUCAAAACCUAGAGACCCAUCUAUCCGCUUCCCAAAUCCCAAUGAUCAAUUUCUGUACCCACCUAAACCGACCCCCCCAUCUUUCCAGCAGUCCAACAACCCAAUGCCAACUUUCUGGCCACCUAAGCUCACCGGGAUGUCCCAAACUACACCUCUGGCUUCUCAAGUACAUCAACCACAAGUGUUAUGCCACUUUAAAGAUAUGAGUGUCACAUUACCCUCUGGCCCAGUCACAGAACUGAUGGUUCAGUCUCCAAUCGGUGGCAUCAAUGAAAAUAUCAAAGCAGUGCUGUUCGACGAAGCCCCCAGUCACUGUGGGUAUUUGAUGAAGAAGAACCAAAAUGGUGGUAUUAACAUUCUUCUGCCCUACACAUCCUGUCACAUGGUAUAUCAGGCUGGACAGUACAGAAUUGUGUUGAAGUAUCAGACAGCAGACGGUCGUAAAGUUGAGGCCUUCCUGUCCUGCCAAGUACCCAUGAAUCAUGAAUGCAGUCUGCCAUUUGAACAUCGAUUAGCCUGCGGGCCCAGCUCUGUUUCAGCAGCUGAAUGCCGUGAGCUUGGUUGCUGUUACUCCACAGAUACUCAGACCUGCUACUACUCUAUGGAUGAAUGCACAGCUGAUCGGCAUUUCGUCUUCUCCAUCCCUGCGUCGCUCACAGAACCACCCCUUUCCCCUGCUCUCUUGGUUGCAGCUGGUAACAGCUCCUGCACUCCUCAGAGGGUGGUGGAUGACUUGGCCCUCUUUAAGAUCCCUUUGGAUGGCUGUGGCACUCACAAAUAUGAAGUGGGUAACACUGUGAUAUACAUGCUGGAGAUCUUGAACACUUUGCACUCUGUCACGCUUAACUAUGGAACCAUAACGAGAGAUUCACCAUUUAGGUUGUUGAUUGAGUGCCGAUAUCUGCCUGGCACUGUGGCCAGCGUGGGUUACCUGGUUAAAAGCCCAUCUCUCGGCCCAUCCAUUCAGGCCCAUGGAGUGUUUGGGGUUCAGCUCAGGAUUGCAAAAGACAAGCAGUAUAGUAGCUACUACCCGCAAUACCACCGGCCCCUGCACAAGCUGCUGGGAAAACCCCUUUACCUGGAGGUUCGUUUACUGAACCCUUUAGACCCCAGUGCAGUGCUGUUGGUGCAAUACUGUGUGGCGUACCCUCGCUCGGCGCAUUCAACAUGGGUCCUUAUCUACGAUGGAUGCCCAAACCCCCUUGAUGUCACUCCAUCCCAUGAACCCCCUCCCACUCCCUCAGAAGGACUGGCCAAUCACGUGAGGCGCUUCACCGUCAGUACUUUCCAAUUCUUGGAAAAAAAUAGGAAGGAAGCUACAUCUGGUGAGCAGGUGGUAAAGGAGGAGGGAGAGGGUGGAGAGGAGGAAGAGAUCUAUUUUAUGUGUGCCACUGAGGUGUGUUUGCCCUCUGAAGGGCCAUGUGUAGAGGGCUGUAUUGAUCGAGCUGUGGAUUCCCCAGCAGUGAAGUCCUGAUGUGUGUCCUGAAGUGUCACUGUUCUAAAAUGGCUCACAAUGCUUGUGAAUGGUUGUGUAUAACAAAAAAUAAACAUACAAUAAAUUUCUGUGA